GUCCUUCCUAGUCCCCACCAACCAAACCAUUAGCUGGUGAUCGAGACGACUUUUCACGGUCACUGCGGGAGAGCAUCUUUCUUCUCUGUCUAGAGUGAGAAAUUGGUGGUUCUGCGGUACUUUUCCUGAGAGAAACCCAUUCUCAGACUGAGAUCGGCUAUGGAUUUCUCCAAAGAACGAGAGAACUACGUUUACAUCGCCAAGCUUGCAGAGCAAGCCGAGCGCUAUGAUGAAAUGGUGGAUUCCAUGAAGAAGGUGGCUAAACUUGAUGUGGAACUAACAGUAGAGGAGCGGAAUCUGCUCUCUGUGGGGUAUAAAAACGUGGUGGGUUCACGACGUGCUUCGUGGAGAAUCCUGUCCUCAAUUGAGCAAAAGGAGGAGACAAAAGGGAACGAUCUAAAUGUUAAGCGGAUUAAAGGGUACAGGCAGAAGGUGGAAUCAGAAUUGUCAAGUAUUUGCAGUGAUAUUAUGAGCGUGAUUGAUGAGCAUCUCAUUCCCGCCAGCACGGCUGGGGAAUCUACUGUAUUUUAUUACAAAAUGAAAGGGGAUUAUUUUAGGUAUUUGGCUGAGUUUAAGACUGGUGAUGAGAGAAAAGAGGCUGCUGACCAGUCAAUGAAAGCAUAUGAGACAGCAUCUACUACAGCAGAAGCUGAGUUGCCUCCAACUCAUCCAAUCCGCCUGGGUUUGGCAUUGAACUUCUCUGUUUUUUAUUAUGAGAUCCUGAAUUCUCCUGAAAGGGCCUGCCACCUAGCAAAACAAGCUUUUGAUGAAGCUAUCUCAGAGCUGGAUACAUUGAGUGAGGAGUCAUAUAAAGAUAGUACAUUGAUCAUGCAGCUCUUGAGGGACAACCUCACUUUGUGGACUUCUGACAUCCCAGAAGAUGGAGCAGAAGAAGCUCAAAAGCUGGAAGGCACUGCUAAAGCUGGUGAAGGAGAAGAAUGAAGAUGGCAGAGGCAGAGGUGGGUUAUCUUCUUAUUCAGAGAAUCCAUCUAUUGCCAUCUUUUGUCUUAAGGCAUCAGUCCCUUCUCUCUCUCUUUCCUCUUUUUUUUUUUUUUUUUCUUGGGUGUGGUUAUCAUGGUCGCUUGAAGCCUGUAACAUUAAAGGCAGUAGUGCCUCUAUCUCUAGGUUUUAUCUGAGUUUUUGGGUGAUAUUUGACUAUUUUCUUCCUGUUAUUAGCAUGUUGAUAUUAUUAUGAUGAUUGUUUGGUGUUUGGACUGCCAACUACAUUUUAAAAUUUAUAGUCUGCUUUCUGCAGCUUUGAUCAAAUUGGAAAGUUAUGCUAGA